UUAGAAAUAUAUACCAAAUGUACAGAUAGUGUAAUGAAAUUGACUCUACUAUAUAUUAAUGCCUACUUUAUACUUUGUUGAGAAGGCAGACUUUCUCGUCAAUUUGGUGCUAUAAAUACAUUUUAUGGACGACAAGAAGAACUGAAGAAGAUGGAGGCAAUGUUGUUGGGAAAUCAGACACAAGUUUUGUUUGUGUCGGGUCUAGGAGGAAUAGGAAAAACAUCUUUGGCUACAAAAUUUGCUAAAGACUUUUGUACUUUCUACACUGGUGGAGUCUACAUUUUCAAUGCCCAAUCAAAGCUAUCGUUUCGCCAAUCGCUGAAACUUAAUAUUGAGGAAGUAACAGGCAAUGAAUCGGUAGACUCAAAUUUAGAAUUGGAGUUCACCUUUUUUAUACGAAAGUUGACACAAGCGGGAAACGUACUAUUUGUAUAUGACAGUUGCGAUUCUUUGAAAGUUAUUGAAAAGCUCAUACCUACAGAAAAUAAAGAAAUUCGUGUCGUCGUGACGACGAGAAUGAGAGACGGCAACGAGAUGUUAACUAACAACCCCGACAGCAUUUUACACCUUAACGUACUAGAACUAGAUGCAGCCGUCGAAUUAUUAUUAGCUUCCAAACGAAGACUGCAAAGCGUUCAUAGCAUUGACGACGAUGCAGAAGAAAAGACCAGCGCUAGAGGUCUGGUUGAUCGUCCAGAAAUCGGUCGUUUACCGUUGGCUAUUCUUCACGCCGGGAUAUACUUAAAAGAGACUGAGCUUACAUGUGAUGAAUACGGAGAACUGCUUGCUAACAAAAGCGAAAAGCUGCAAGCAAUAGGAGACGACUUAAACGAAAUUUUAAAGUAUUGCGGUUUGCUACAUCUUGUGGGCACCCUUGAAAGCGAAUCAAUUGAUACUGUCGAUAAAUUUGCAGCUUUUAAUUUAUCGCAACUUCAAACGUCGUCUCUCAUAACUCAACAUGAUUUAGAACAGCUUAACAAGAUGAAACAAAAACUAAAGUUACCUAAAGUCACAAUUAUGACGUGGGACUUGCAAAUUGAAGAGAGAAUGAACAGUAAUGACACAGCUAGCAUAACAGUACUUGAAAUAGCGUCUCUGCUGGACGGCAGAGUUAUUGCCAAAGAUUUUUUGUCGAAACUAGCUCUUAAUGAAGAUGGCAGUAAUUUGGAUAGAAAUAGAAAGGUGACUCAAGCCAUUUUUCGCUUGUUCAAGUUGUCUCUGUUGAACGAUGACAUGGAAUGCAGCAUGCACAGCCUUGUACAACAGAGUGUAAUCGAGACAAUGACAAGAUAUGGCACAUUUGAUCGUCGUCUGCGUUUAGUUUGUGAACGUCUUCUUGGCAUACUGCCCAAGGUAUCAGACGAUAUUAUAAAACAUUUGAAUGGAACGAGAAUGAUCAAUGGAUUUGCUCACGUUUACUCUGUUUCCGACCAUGUUUUACGAUCACAGCAAAAAGAUGAAAAGUGUUGGGAACUAGUUCACAAAUCCUGUCUUGUUGCACUAUCUUAUCAACAUCUCGAAGAUGCGAAACGUCUGUGUGAAGGAGAACUCGCUCUAGUGGAACGUCUUCCUAUAGGAACGAAUAACACGAUUCGCUUAACAUACGCACUGUUGAAUGUUGGUAAAGUUCAUCUGGACUGGGGCAAUUCACAGGAAGCUAGAGACCCACUGAAGAAAGCGCUACAGUUAAUUAAAAAAGAAAAUAUUCAAAUUGAAUCAACUCUUUUCUAUACUGCGUUGAAUCUUUUGGGUCAGUGCUGCAGAGAUUUGGGCGACUUUGAACAAUCCGAGUAUGUUUACCUAGAACUACUUCAAUUUUCAGAACAACAAACAUUAUCCAACGAUUACAUCUUUACCGUUCUUAACAAUGUGGCAUUGACAUACCAUCGGUGGGGCAAUAUUUCUGCGGCAGUAGCAAACUAUAAACGUGGUUUGACUUUGAUAAGAGAGCAGGCGAACGUCAGUCAGCUGAGUAUUGCUAAAACUCUCACAAAUCUUGCGUCGUGUUAUCAACAAAGUGGACGACUAGACCAAGCUCUCUCUCAUUAUGAAAAAGCGUUGAGUAUCAGCAAAAAAGAAUUGCCGUCUUCUCAUCCAUUUGUUGCUUUCGUAAUGAGACAUCUGUCUUCCUGUUAUCGUGGUCAUGGACAGAUGGAUCGUGCUUUGGAGUUAGCCAAUCAAUCUUUGAAUGUGGCAUCAUUGACGCUGCCUAGGAAUCAUCCCGAUUUGGGCUGGCAUUUUUACGAAAUGGGUGAAUGCUAUCGCCAUAGAGAAUCUACUAAUGAAUCUCUACGAUUUUACGAAAAAGCAUAUAUCAGUCACUCGCUCUGGCCUACAAUGAAAUGGGACAGAUAGACAGAGCAGUAGAAGUUAUGAACAAAGCUCUAGAGAUCAAGAAAAAGAAUCUACCAGAAAAGCAUCCGGAUAUUGCUAAAUCUCUAGUGGUCUUAGGCAGCAUCCUAUGCAAAACGGGAGACUUUAACAACUCUGGUUUGUUUAUUGAGGAGGGCUUGCAACUUCUUCGAGAAACAAUACCCAAAAGUCCCCUCACAGCCGAAGGUUUGUACUUUCUUGCAUUCAUUGCAAUGAAACAAAACCAAUUGGUAGAAGCAUAUGACUAUGCUAAUCAAAGUUUACAUUUGCUAAAAGAGAUUUACCCAAGAAAACACAGAAGGACCGUUGAUGCUCAAAAGUUGCUUGAAAAAAUUGAAGAAAAGAGAAUGGCAGCAUCAUCAUCAUUUGUUAUAAACAAUUAGUCGUAGGCAGUUUUAACGGACAUUCUUGUACCUGUGCUGUAUAUAUAUUGUUUGUUGUCUCUUUUGGUUCUAUUGUUAGCACAUCGAUGUGCAUAGUGUUUGUAUCCUGACAACUGUCGAUACAAUAUUGAUAUAAAAAUAUCUAGAUAAUCAA